CGUGUUUGUACAUCAGCAAAAGAAACGCACAGUGUGUCCAAACGGUGUUUCUGACGAUGACAAUAUAAUAGACUCGACGCUUUCUCUAAAACUGCACUAAGAUUUGGGAAUAUCUGCAUUCAGCACUUUAUAAUAGCGACUCUCAGAUGUGUUGGAAUGUAUAGGACGAUAGAAAAGAGAAAGGAAACAGAGAAGAGCAGCUACUUGUUGACAGCAGUAGCCACAUAGAAGCACUUGUCUCGUUUUUCCAACGCAGCCCAAGAGACUACAAUGAAACCUCAGGACAUUAUGAAAGAAAAGAGCAACCUGUGGAUAUUUGGAUAUGGCUCCUUGGUGUGGAAACCUGAUUUUGCAUACAAGAGGAGCAAAGUGGGCUUCAUCAGAGGAUACAAAAGGCGCUUCUGGCAUGGAGAUACUUUUUAUCGAGGGGACAAGGAAAAGCCAGGUAGAGUGGCCACACUGGUGGAGGAUCAGGAGUCUUGCACAUGGGGAGUGGCAUACGAGGUGACUGACUACCAGAUUGAAGAGUCCCUUCAGUACCUGAAUAUGAGAGAGGUUGUACUUGGGGGUUACAUAACAGAGAUGGUGGAUUUCAUCCCUAAGGAGAAGGGUCAGAGUGCUCUCUUGGCCCUCGUCUACAUCGCUACUUCUGACAACCCCAUCUACCUCGGCCCGGCCUCAGACAAGGAGAUUGCUGCCCAGAUUGCCACCUGUAGAGGGAACACGGGCCACAAUAUCGAAUACCUGGUCCGCCUGGCAGAAUUCAUGAGGCUCUAUUGUCCCGAGGUAGAGGAUGAGCAUCUCUUCUCUAUUGAGGCGGCUGUUCUGAACACUUUUCACGACUGCGGAGGGAUCAGACCCCCUGACCAAACGUGCCUUCUGCUGGGAGUUACAUAAACAACUCCAUAAGGCACUCCAUCAUACUUUAUCGUACAAUUGUUAAUGUUCUUAUACUGGGUGAAAGGGAAAUUAGUUAUUUUUGACUUGCUUUCAAGGAGAAUAAAGCAGUGGUGACAAGUUCUGUGGCCUAAUUUUUUAGGUCGUAACAAAACCUUACAGAGUUAUGACCUUUUGAACUUCUUACUUGAAGUUUUUCAAUGGUUGAAGACAGAAAAUUUGUACUGUGUAUAUUCAAACAUUCUAAUAAAAACACUGAAAUCUG